CCUCAUUUAGAAUGCAUAUACGUCGGCUUAUUUCGUUUACAUUUUUCAGGAAAACAAAACUGCAAAAUUAUCCGUUACUCUUUUAUGUUUUGUCAUUGAGAACGCUUGCCGUUUGUAGCUUUCGUUAUUUCGUCAAAUUUCACCUGAAUAAAUCAUAAUUAAUUGACGGGUAUUGUUAUGAUGAGAAUACAAAAUUCUAUAUUUUGAAGAUAUUAGUCGAAAUUUUAUCUUUGAAUAAUGUUUUAUUUGUUCCUUUUUCUCUUCGUGAACACGCACAGCUUAAAUGGCGAAGACAUUGCAGCAAAGAAUACAAUAAUUUGGUGGCCGAAGAAACCCUUGAUUUACAGCGAGAACACAACAUCAAUGAAUGGAAAGUUAAGAGGUAUCUUGCCGGAGAUUUGGAAUAAUGUCGUCGAUAAUUGUGAAGAAUAUAGAAUUUCAAAACACAGUAGAAGUGUUGAAAGGUCUGAUCCCUUACCGAAACCUGAGUACUCGGAAUUUUUGGGAAGAUACAAAAAAAGCGUACUCGUUCCUGUUAAACUACGUCGAGGAAAGAGUUCGUCUGUCGACAUGCCUUUUGUGAGAUUGAUUGACUCUCCCGGUGUCGUCGUUUUGAUGAAAAAAACUCUCACUGGAACUGAACUUUUAAACGCUAUUCUCCUAGCUUGGCCUAUUCUUAUAUUCGUUAUUUUAUCUGCAAUUCUAAGCGGUUUCGUAAUUUGGUUUUUGGAACAUCGUUCUAAUCCCCAAAUGUUCGACCCGUUUUGUCCAAAUGGUGUUCUAAAUGGUUUCUGGUGGGCGGUCGUUACUAUGACUACAGUAGGGUACGGUGAUCUAACACCAAAGACCCUUUUAGGACGUCUGUUCACAAUUCUUUGGAUCACUUCGGGACUGGUUAUUCUUGCGAUGUACAUGGGUGUUGUUACAACCUCCCUGACCACGUCAAGACUUGAAGGAACUCAACAUUUUUACGGCAUCACGGUAUCUGUUGUUAAUCAAACUGAGGAAGAGAAAUUUGCCAUCCUUCAUAACACCAAUGUAAAAGUCGAAGCAAGCGAACUUGCAGUGAUUGAUGCUGUUUACAACAGUAAAAAUAAUGUCCGUCUUGGUUUUAUCGAUUUUUACGUUGCCUCUUACUAUUCGCAACUCAUUACUCAAAAGAAUCUUCGAAUUGUUCGCAUAAUUCCACGUAGCUACGUGUAUGGAGCAUUAUUAGGAAAGGACUGGGUACCAGAAGCUGUCGAGUGUCUCCGGCGUCAUUCCGAAGACAAUCGUAAACAUAUACACGACGUUAUUCCGAAGUACAUACGAUUAGCGGAGAAUAAAAAUGAUUUAAUGGAAUAUUUCUCUGGGAGCGUCUUUGGUUACAGCAUUUAUGGACUUUCUGCCUUGUUAUGUUCGCUUCUCCUCUUAGGAUUUAGUUUUCAGUCAGGUUAUCUUUCACGACGUCGAAAGGAGCCACCAAAAUAAGUAUUUAGCGUUAAAAUUUAUUGAUACAUUGAUAAGUUUCUUUCACAAUAAAAUGCGACGUAUAAAACAGGCCUUUAUAAACUCCAUGUAAAUGAACGAAACUAAAUUUUAUUAUAUAUUUAAAUUCCGCAGUGAUAAAAUUUGUGCAGUAACUAGUUUCUUUAGACGCCAGACUUUUUAUUUCUUUAAUAAAUUCAUUUAAAUGUA